ACCAUAUUGGCUCGGGGAUGGCUGACCUCAACCACAAGUGCACGGAGGAGGCGCGAUUCUGGCGUAUGCGCUGCCCACUCAUAUGCAUGUGGCUUGUUGAACACCACCAGCCGCAAAGAGUGAUGAGACAGUUUGGGCUGUAUCAGGAGUGCCCACCUCAGUGGCAAGACACGGACAAGGCGCUUCAUAGGCUUGAUAGGCAGCGGCAGAGGAAGAUCACAAAUUGGCCAGUUCAUCAUAGCGGCCACGUCGCAGCGUUCCUACACUGUUUGGAAGCGACACGGAAUGCUGGCCCUGAGCAGAUUGUGCCUCACGACUUCGCCGCUUUCAACAACUACCUCAAGUGGUUCCAUGAGAACACGCGUAUCGAGUUAGUGAAGCACGCGUAUGCUGAGGACAUCUUGGACGACCCCAUCCAGUUCGAUGAGGUUGGGCAAAGCCAGCACGACACCUUUGCUCGCAGAGGGAGAUCGACUUCUAUUGCUUCCGAGCUGAACUUCGUGGUAAUGGAUUCUCUCACUAACUAGUACAUCAUCUAGAUUGCCAUGUGCUCGCUUCAAUUGUGUAUGCUAUGUUUGUCACAGCGGGAGGAGAUCCAAAAAACAGCUCACGAGUGCGAGAUUAUGUGGGAGCAGAGCCAUAGAGAUGAAAAGCCUGUCGGAUCGUUGCGGCAUUUC